CUUAAGGGUUCACCUCAAAAAAAUGUGCGGCUCUCAGAAUUAUGUGAUGAACAAAAUUUAAAUAUAAAAAAGUAUGCUAGUGCCUGUAGAGGUGGAUGCAGCGGCAAAGGAGUGGAGUAUGCUGGAAUUUCAAGGCGAUAUAAUACCAGUAAAAGAGAACGAAAAGUAUGAUCUGCGCGGACUAGACAUUGGAUCGCUACGUUAUACCCACAAUGGCGAAAUCACGUUGCGCAUAGGCAAUCACGUGCUAGCUGGAAAGGUGACAAAGCUGCUCAAGCCAUUCGCCAUCUUGCAAAAGAACUACAGUAGUGAUGAUAGAGAGAUAGAACUGGCUAGUGGCAACGACAAUGGAACCUUACAGAUCAAAUACAAAGUGGUUGGUAUCGCUCGCACACGCGUCGUGUUUGCGUCCAGACCAAAGCCUGUGACAUAAUUAAACAACUCAAUAUUUUGACUGCUCUAAUAUUUUGUGUAGACAAAAUACUUCUCCACUCACAUCAUGAGUCCCAUGACCGUGAUUCGCUCUCAUGUACAUGCUGAUAAUAUCUUCGUGGUCGAGCUUUAUCGUCCUUCUUCCAAGAACGCCUUUAAUGACGCC